AUGGUUCGAGUGCUGAAUUUCGUUCUUGCCAUCUCUGGGCUUCCAUCGAUUUAUGCCCAGGAUGGUGGCCAAAGCGGUACUAGUCAGACGCCAACGAGUACCUCCACUGCUUCAACCUCAACCUCAUCUACAAGUGCUGUCCAAUCUGUUGAUGUAGGGGACGGGGGUUUCACAUUUGAUCCAGAUACUCUUUCCGUCUCCCCAGGAAGCAAAGUAGAAUUCCACUUUUACCCGGGCAACCACUCAGUGGUUCAGGCCGCGUUCUCAAAUCCGUGCCAGCCUCUCAGCCAGUCGAGUUUCUUCAGUGGGUUUAUUCCAGACACAAGUGAAGAAUCACCCGAGGUCUUUACUUUGACUGUUAAUGAUACCAACCCUAUCUGGUACUACUGCGGCCAAAUUGGCCAUUGCCAAGCUGGUAUGGUCGGGGUCAUCAAUCCAUCGAAAACCGAACAACGCCUCCACCACAAGCAGCGGCACCACCCAAAUGACAUCUUCGACUGGCACCCCUACCAGCACUGGUUCCUCAAGCACCAGUGCGACAAGCAGCUCGACUUCAAGUUCCAGUCCCAGCCCCUCCCCGACAAGUGA